AUGUCGGCCUCUCAAGUACUACCAGAACAGCCCUCAACUAAUUACAGGAACUUGAUCACCAUUCUAAGCAUUGAUGGGGGUGGUAUCAGGGGGAUCAUCCCUGCAAUUAUACUAGCUUUUCUUGAAUCACAACUCCAGGAAAUAGAUGGUGAUCAAGAUGCCAGACUUUCAGACUACUUUGACAUCAUUGCAGGAACAAGCACAGGAGGUCUUGUAACCGCUAUGUUAACUGCUCCAGAUGAAAAUAACCGUCCUCUCUUCGCUGCUAAGGAUAUCAGGCCCUUCUAUCUUGAACACUGUCCUCGAAUUUUCCCACAAGAGAGGGGCUUGUUUGGAGCAAUCAAAAAAGUGCUCAGAUCGUUGAGAGGACCGAAUUAUGACGGAAAAUACCUUCACAGGAUUUUAAGGAAGAAAUUAGGAGAAAUUCGACUGCGUGACACUUUGACAAAUGUUGUCAUACCAACUUUUGAUAUCAAACAUAUGCAGCCAACCAUUUUCACAUCGUAUGAGGCAAAAAAGGACUCCCGUUUGAAUGCUCGACUUUCCGACAUAUGUAUCGGCACUUCAGCAGCUCCAACUUACCUUCCUGCCCACUAUUUCAAGAACCAAGAUUGUGAAGGCCCGAAUAUCAGUGAAUUCAAUCUAAUAGAUGGUGGUGUCGCUGCAAACAAUCCGGCUUUAGUAGCCAUAAACCAAGUGACCAAACAGAUCUUUGAUGCAAAUCCUGAUUUCUUCCCAAUUAAGCCCACGGAUUAUGGUCGCCUUCUGAUAAUCUCAGUAGGCACAGGCUCAAGAAAGAUAGAAAAAAAAUAUAACGCAAAAAUGGCAGCAAAGUGGGGAACUCUGGAUUGGUUACUUCAUGGUGGUUCAGUUCCUUUAUUGGAUGUGUUUACUCAAGCAAGUGCAGAUAUGGUUGAUUUGCAUCUUGCUGUGGUUUUCCAAGCUUUUCAUUCUGAAGACAAUUACCUUAGAAUCCAAGAUGACACAUUGACUGGGACAGAAGCUUCUGUUGAUGUAUCUACAAAGCAAAACUUGGACAGACUUGUGGGUAUUGGGGAAGAAUUGUUGAAGAAACCAGUUUCAAGGGUGAAUUUGAAGAUUGGUUUGUCAGAACCAGUCGAAAAUGGUGGCACAAAUGAGGAGGCUUUGAGAAAGUUUGCAAAAAUACUGUCACAAGAAAGAAAGUAUCGAGGGGGAAAAUCAAUAUCACACAUGGAAAAGUUGAACGUUUGAUGUAGAUGA